ACCUACCCUUCUCUUCCAAUCCUCCCACCACCCUCGGCCUCCCCCUCUUCCCGGCGAGAGGCCCCCCUCCGGCGCCGCGGGACCGCCCCUGGCCGACUGGCUCCACUCUCCCCCGCGCCCGCCGGCAUGGCCUCGCCCACCGUCGCCUCCCCGAGCCGGGGGAGCCCCGCGGACACCCCGACCACCGCGCCCUCGCCGGCCUCCCCGCCGCGGCGCCUCGCGUCGGCCCCGCCCGCCGUCGACGCGUCCGGGGGAUCCUCCCCGGCCUCCGCCCACUCCGGGGAACAGCUCUCCGCCCCCGACGCCUCGAGCCCGCUGCUCGCGAGCAGGAGCGAGGAGUACAGGCUUCUCUUCCGGCUGCCGCCCGACGAGGUUCUUGUGCAAGAUUUUAACUGUGCGCUCCAAGAAAAUAUUCUGCUUCAGGGGCAUAUGUAUUUAUUUCUUCACCAUAUAUGCUUCUACUCUAACAUAUUUGGAUAUGAGACGAAGAAAACAAUUCCUUUGCAGGAGGUGACAGAUGUUCGUAAAGCAAAGACAGCUGCCAUUUUUCCUAAUGCCAUUGAAAUUGUUGCUGGUAGUAAAAGGCACUUUUUUGGAUCUUUCUUAACACGUGAUGAAGCCUAUCGAAUUAUAGUAGAUGGUUGGGAACAGCAUGUUAGUGAUGCAAGAUUACUCCUUGAACGUCAGGAGACAAAGUCAGCAAGUAGUAGUGAAGAAAAUGGUUAUGUUUUAUUGGAAGGAACAAAGGAAUCUAAACAAGAUGAAGAUUCAUCACAACAGGACAGGUCUGUCAAUGGUACAGCUGUCUCAAGUAGUAGUGCUGAUGGUAGUGAUUCCAACAUCAAUAUUUCCAGAAAGUUCUCAAAAGUUGAGGAGUAUGGAGCUGAAGACAACAUCAUUGCACUAAACCCAUUCAAUUUCGAGCCAGUUGAUGAGGCUGCUCCUAGUGUACCUGAGUCUUAUACUCUGAUCACGGAGUCAAAGUUUCAGGUGCCUGUGGAGGUCCUCUUCAAUUUCUUAUUGUCAGAUGGUUCUUUUGACUUUUUGGAUGAUUUCCACAAAAAAUGUGGUGACAAAGACUUCAGUUGUUCCAAGUGGCGUUCAGAUGAACAAGGAGGACUCGUAAGGGAUGUCUCGUUUUUGCAUCCAAUAAAAAUUUAUCUUGGUGCAAAAUUCGGGACUUGUCAAGAGGUUCAGAAACUUCGUGUUUACAAAAACAGGCAUCUAGUGAUUCAAACCUCUCAAUCAAUUGGUGAUGCACCAUAUGGGGACCAUUUCACAGUAGAGGGGAUCUGGGAUAUCGAACAAGAUAGCCUAGAUGGGAACUGUUGUUUCCUCAGGAUAUAUCUUAAUGUGGCCUUCUCAAAGAAAACCAUAUUUAGAGGGAAGAUAGAACAGUCAACAAAAGAUGAAUGCCGUGAAGUUUUCGGGCUCUGGAUUAAGCUCGGUCAUGAUCUUUUGAAGCAGGAGAACAAUCGACCGAAAGACGCUUCUGGCUCAACCAAUGCUGCUCUUCAGUUAGGGGCUACAGAAAAUGGGGAAAAUGCUGUGGAAAAUGCAGUGCCAAUGGCUAGUUCCGCACAGGAUGAAUCUGGUGUGAGAUGCCUCAUUACUCCUAUUCAAGAUCACCAGCAUAGAGCAGGAAGAGAUUCUUCUGUAGCAUCCACCUCACAAGAAUUGUGGGGUUCACUAACAUCAUAUAUGAGAUCUAGGCAACUAGGUCCAGUGCUAGCGGUGGCACUGGUGGCUUUCAUUAUCCUAAUGCAGGUAACCAUCAUAGUCCUACUAACUAGAUCCCCCCAGGUCCAAAUGUCACCUCAUGGGAUCUCCACGGGCAGCAAAGAAAGCAUAGAGUGGGUGCAGAAGCGCCUCAGCUUAUUAAGCGAGGAGAUGCAGCUAGCCGAGGCGCACAUGGAGAGGAUGAGGCACGAGUUUGCCUGGCUCAGGUCUCAUCUGGAGAGACUGGAGAGGCUGAGAGGCAAUUUAUGACUGAUGGGUGUACAUGAGGGCUGAUGCGGAGGUCGCAGCGUAAACACGGGCACAAAUACUACUCAGAGGUGUAAUGUUCAGUGUAUUUUGUUCUUCGUUUUUAUAUAUAGAGCGUACAGUUGCACAGAGGAGAGGAGGUGGAGUACAAUCGCCGUAAGGUGAAAUUGCGAAAUCCCGUUAUAGCAUUCGAUGUAAAUAGUUGGACCCUCCCAUUGUGUUGUGGUGUGUGCACUGCGAGGUUUGUGUCAUCCUCGCGUCAGGCAAUCACAUUGUUGUGUAUACUAGACUUAUUAUCUAUUGCUGAUUGCACAACACUGUAAGCAAAAGCUUUACGUUCUGGUUCCGAGCGUACCAUAAUUGCUCUUAUGUUUCGAUCU